AUGUAUGUCAUCCAACUGACGAAUGAAUCUUCUUUGGAUACUGAAGAUUAUCCUAGGAGCAUUUUCGAUGUGGUGGUGGUGGUGGUGGUGGUGGUGGCAGUCAGGGGAUCAUUAGGCAGCCAGGCGAGAUCCACCGACAAUAUUGAUCACCACACCGAUGGCUACGGCGAGCACGACGUCGGAGCCCAGCCACACCAUGCAGCCAGAGCGACGCCUGAGGUGUUGAGGCGGUCGGGAAGCUCGAGUUCGUUGAGCUCUUUAGAGGACAAUAGGUUGGGUGGAAGGAGGAAGAAAACGAGGGGUGUGAAGGAUAAAAUUAAGGAAAGUUUCCUGGAGGUCACAAGGAUGAUCACAACCUGCAACAGCCUUAUGGUCAUGGAGUGGCAGUCAGGGGAGAUCCACCGACUAUAUUUAUCACAACACCGAUGGCUCGACGUCGGAGCCCAGCCACACCAUGCAGCCAGAGCGACGCCUGAGGUGUUGAGGCGGUCGGGAAGCUCGAGUUCGUUGAGCUCUUUAGAGGACAAUAGGUUGGGUGGAAGGAGGAAGAAAACGAGGGGUGUGAAGGAUAAAAUUAAGGAAAAGUUGCCUGGUGGUCACAAGGAUGAUCACAACCUGCAGCAGCCUUAUGGUCAUGGAGUGGUUGGCGAGGGACAGACGCAGGAGAAGAAGGGGGUGAUGGAGAAGAUUAAGGAGAAGCUUCCCGGGAGUCACAGCCACUGA